AUGGCGGGCCGCGGGGGGGCGCCGCGCGGACGGAGAGAGGACGGGCGGGCGGACGGACGGACGGGCAGGGGAGAAGGGGCCGCUCUAGCCCGCGCGGGCGGCGCUCUCUGGCCCGCCCGCCCGCCCGCCAUGUCCGACGGGCCCCGCUUCUCGUUCGGGGUGAUCGCGGACGUCCAGUACGCCGACCUGGAGGACGGCUCCAACUUCCUGGGGACGCGGCGGCGCUACUACCGGGCCAGCCUGGGCCUGCUGCGGGGGGCGGUGGCGGCGUGGCGGGCGGCGCCCCGGCCCCCGCGCUUCGUCCUGCAGCUGGGCGACGCCAUCGACGGGGCCAACGCCGGCCGGCGGGCCGCGGGGCCGGCCCUGGCGCGCGUCCUGGCCGAGUUCCUCCCGCUGGGCGCCCCCGUCCACCACAGCUGGGGCAACCACGACCUCUACAACUUCAGCCGGGCCCAGCUGGCCCGCUCCGCGCUGGACACCCGCCGGCUGGGCGACCCCCGGCCCGCGGCCCCGGACGGCCUCCACGCCUACCACUUCGCCCCGCUGCCGGGCUUCCGCUUCGUCCUCCUGGACGCCUACGAUCUGAGCGUCCUGGGCAGGGACCCGGCCUGCCCCAGGUACCGGGAGGCCCUGCGCCUCUUGACGGAGAAGAACCCCAACGCCGACCUCAACAGCCCCCGAGGACUCCUCGAGCCCCAGUUCGUCCAGUUCAACGGAGGAUUCAGUCAGGAGCAGCUGGCCUGGUUCGACCAAGUUCUGACUUUCUCGGACUCGAACGGAGAGAAGGUGGUGGUGGUGGGUCACCUGCCCCUCCACCCCGACUCCUGCGACGGCGUCUGCCUGGCGUGGAACUACGCGGAGGCCCUGGCGGUCAUCCACUCGCACGGGUGCGUGGUCUGCGUCCUGUCGGGCCACACGCACGACGGCGGGUACUGCGUGGACCCCCACGGGGUGCACCACGUCUCCGUGGAGGGCGUCAUCGAGACGGCCCCCGACAGCCAGGCCUUCGGCUCGGUUCACGUGUACCCCGAAGAGAUGGUGCUGGAGGGGCAGGGCCGGGUGACCAGCCGCAGGAUGCCUUUCCCCGGGCGCUGACCCGCUCCUCCUCCGGCCCGGCCAGCGGCCCGGCGCUCCUUAGACCGGCGACGCGGAGCGGGAUCAUCCGGGGAAGGGUUCGGGAAUCGGCGCGGCCGGAGGACGAGGCCGGAGUCAAGGGCUCGGCGCUGCGCGGAAUUUAUCCCGCGUGGCGAACUGAACUUCCCUUUCGGGCGGGAUGGAAUUAGGCCGUCAUCUUGGAUGUGGCCAAUUGAACCUCCCAUUCAGGCGGGAUGGAAUUAGGCCGUCAUCUUGGAUGUGGCCAAUUGAACUUCUCAUUCGGGCGGGAUGGAAUUAGUCCGUCAUCUUGGAUGUGGCCAAUUGAACUUCUCAUUCGGGCGGGAUGGAAUUAGUCCGUCAUCUGGAUGUGGCCAAUUGAACUUCCCAUUCCGGCAGGAUGGAAUUAGGCCGUCAUCUUGGAUGUGGCGAAUUGAACUUCCCAUUCGGGCGGGAUGGAAUUAGGCCGUCAUCUUGGAUGUGGCGAAUUGAACUUCCCAUUCGGGCGGGAUGGAAUUAGGCCGUCAUCUUGGAUGUGGCCAACUGAACUUCCCAUUUGGGCGGAAUAGAAUUAGUUUGUCA